UUCUUAAGUUUGGAUUGUGUCUUCACAAAGCAAGAGAUAGAUUCGAAGGAGCUCGUGCUUUCGAGCACAUAGUUUACGAGUUCGAUCGCAGUAUCUGGUUUCAGCGAGUGUUAUGUGAGUUGGCGUAGUGGCGAAAAAGAGCUUAAAGUGAAAGGAAAAAUCGCAUGAAGAGGCAGAAAUUGACGGGCGCUGCUUGACGGAUAAUAAUAUCAGUUUUUAAAAUAGAAUGAACAUCGUUUAGUGCGCGUACAUAUACAGACACGUACGAGAUAUUGCUACAAAGUUAAUUUCACGUUUUACGAACAUAUAUGUACACGCGCGUGCGCGUUGCGAGGGUACGAAUACAUAUAGUUUCGCUGUCGAACGGUGAUAUAUUGUGAAAAAUCCGUGUGGAGCAGCGAAAACAAACAACUCGUGUCCGCCAUCUUGUGCCUCUCCAGCUACGUUGAAAGGAAAGUGAGAGAAUUCGGACCGACGUGUGUGAUUUUAUUCGGUGAGAAAAAAGAGUGUAAGUAGAGGUGACCAACGGUCACCGAAUGUGGUCAAAAUUGCAAAAAACACGAAUAGGGAGGACUGCGAGAGAACUCAAAGAAAGCGAGACGAGGUAGCAUUGCGCUCAUAGGAGGUUCGUAGGAUACCCCACCAAGUUUAUUCCUCCGCGUUCCCCCUACCCUUUUGCCCUGGAUCCCGAGAUUAUUGCGCAGUUAGAAAAUUCAUUGAAUACAAACAUCGUCAAAAACUUCGUUGCAUCUUUGGAAAGUGACCCGCGGACAUUAUACGACGGGUUGGUUGACUUUGUGAGUGAUACGAAAUUAUUAUAAAGCCAUGACGAAUUCGGUACCGAAAUUGAAAAACAAGGUAGACCGGCAGGGUUCGCCAAAUGUCGGCAUUGAUCGACAUCAUCACCGUUCGAUAAUUACACUCAAACCGCCGGCGUAUGUCCACAUGAGUGGGAGAUCUCAUGGCAGAAGUUCAACCGGCAGAUUAAGCUGCAGCCCACACGGUUCUUCAAAAGGUUCGAGAAAUUCACCGUUGCGGUAUGAAUAUAGUCCGCGCGGCAGUCCAACAAACAGUUUUUAUGCGGGUGCAAAGUUUUCUGAACCGCCAUCUCCUGCGAGCCUUCCGAAACCACCGAGCCAUUGGACUACGAGACUGAUGAGCAGUUGUCAGCAAUCCGACAGGAUUUGCGAUAUUUCAAAUCAUCUGAAGAUGAUGUUAAACGUCCAAGCCUGAUAUAUAAAGACCAACAGACCGCUAAAAACGGUUACCAGCUCCUAAAAACAAAGAGACAGGUACGAUAUUAUCGUCCCCCCCUCUUCGAUUUAAGGAUGUAUUUUUUUUCUUGUAUGUGAUGUCAAGCUGUUCGUUUGAAACAAACAAAAAAAAAAAAAACAGAAGUGUUUAUAACUGCGCGAUACCACAAUC